CGGAUCUCAUUUCACAUUGCACUAAUUCUGCAAGAAGAACCAAUGUCGCCCGCGCCGGUGUCCAUCAAGCGCUGCAAUGAGUCUAGCCGGGACAGUAUCGCAAUGGACACGUGCUGGGGCAUUCCUAUUCUGGCUGCGCUGUCCACGCUGCUUCUUACGCUGCCAGGUUCUUACAUGGCUGUUCUUUUCGUUUUCUUCGUCGAUGACUACAAUGUGAGCCGAGAGCGAGCAUCGUGGCCCCAGAACUCCCUAACCAUGGCAAUGCAUGUUUCGGGUUUAAUAGUGGGUGGACUUCAACGACGCGUCCCUGUCGCUGACAUCGCCAUUCUGGGAGCGCUCCUCGCGUCACUUGGAGUCAUCACGUCAGCCUUUGCUCGCGAGGUCAUCUGGAUGUCCAUCAGCCUUGGUGUCAUGUACGGUCUCGGCAUCGGAAUCUUCAUGUCGUCAGUCGCUAUCUACAUCCUCAUGCACUUUGACAAGUACAAGGGCACCGCAUUCACGCUGACAUUCACCGCAUGGGGGAUGUCUGGUUUACUCGGCCCAGCGUUCCUCACACAUCUCCGCGCAAAAUAUGCCCUCGAUGGUACCCUCCUCAUGACCGGGGCUCUUCUCUUGCACGCCGUACCACUGAGCAUGCUCCUAAGAAAUCCCCGCCCAGUGAACACAGAAGUACUAAGAAAGCUUAUCUCAAGAUUGCCACUGGGCACUCGGAGCAAGGCCGUCACCUCACAAGGACUACAGGUGCCUCAACAACAACCACCAGCGACAAUCAGCCUGAGUAACGUAAAUGAUCCUAUCACUUGGAGGGCAGGGAAGAAAUUCAGGGAGUCUGACCUUACUGUUCGCGUAGAAACAGUGAUCGCAGACGACAUCCCUCCGUCGAGCAAACGUCGAGACCAGCAACAAGGGUCACAAAGUGUUUCUUUGAGCUCCAUUUCCGAAGCCUUCCGCGGCGUUCGUCGAUUCGCCGCCGCCGUAUUUCGAACACCAGCCUUCUACGUGUUCCUUGUCGCGACAGUCGUGGGCGACUAUUCGGGAGUGUCCUUCGGCACCACAGCCGUGGACUAUGCCGUCGACAAAGGAAUCGAAGUGGAAGUGGCUACGCACCUCGUCGAGUUGGGCGCGGUGGGUCAUCUAGUGGGCCGCAUCUUCAUCAUGCCGCUGUCAGACUGGGCUCCGAUCAGCCGAUUGCCACUUUUCGCCAGCUCCUACGCCCUCGAAUCCAUCUGCGCCUUGAUUAUGCCCCACAUUGGGCCGUUGUUCAGCGAGAUCUCUGCGGUACGAGUGGCAGAGACCACAGUUGCCGGUUUUUCAUCAGCCAUUCGAGGUAUCCUCUUGGCGCAGUAUAUGGGCAUUGAAAGACUUGCUACGUGCAUGGGCCUAUACGGACUCGUUAUGGUACCGGUCUCACUCGGGAGUGCUUCAAUCAUUGGGUUCUUCCGCGACACAAUGGGUUCGUACGAUGGCUUCUACAGGAUGCUUGCUGGUAUAAACACUGUCGUCGCCGUUCUGCUGGGCAUGUUCCUGGUGUAUGACUGGACCCGUUCGAAGAGAAGAGGAUCACACUUAUCUGAGAAGUCUCUCGACCAAAGAACAAUGGACCGAAGGACUCAGUUAGAACAGAGGUGCUGAAUACCUUACACAAACGCCAUUGUAUUGGCUGAACUUUGGUGCUGAUGAGGGGACAGAUCACUUGGCCUGCGUCUAACGAUGGCACCUACAACAGCUUCAACACUGCCAGUGAGAGAGAAUGAGGGUUGAAAGCGCUAGAUCUUGAUUAUUCAAGU